AUGCAGUCAACAGACUCUGGCGAAGCCUCCAGACAGCAAGGCUCAGGAAUUUAUAAUUCCUGGAGUAAAGGCCAAUUAGAAUUGUGUGGGAAAAAGGUGAAGAAAGAAUCUGAACGACAGAAGGGCCAAGGUCGCAAGGCUCAGCCACCAGUGAGGGGCCCGAGGCUGCGCACAGUGAUGUGGGUAGAGCAGCCUGAGGACACAGAGGCUUCGGUGCAGGGAACCAUCUUCCCGGCUCCCAAUUUCAACCCCAUGAUGGACGCCCAAAUGCUGGGGGGAGCACUCCAGGGAUUUGGCUGUGACAAGGACCUGUUGAUCGACAUCCUGACCCAGCGCUGCAACGCCCAGAGGCUGGUGAUCGCCGAGGCCUACCUGAGCACCUUUGGCCGGGACCUGGUUAGUGACCUGAAGGAGAAGCUUUCCGAUCACUUCAAGGAGGUCAUGGUGGGCCUCAUGUACCCACCGCCCUCCUACGAUGCCCACGAGCUCUGGCACGCCAUGAAGGGAGCAGGCACUGAUGAGAAUUGCCUCAUUGAUAUAUUAGCUUCAAGAACAAACGGAGAAAUUUUCCAGAUGCGAGAAGCCUACUAUUUGCAAUACAGCCGCGACCUGCAGGAGGACAUUUACUCAGAGACCUCGGGACACUUCAGAGAUACGCUGGUGAACUUGGUCCAGGGAACCAGGGAAGAAGGGUACACGGACCCUGCCACGGCUGCCCAGGACGCCAUGGUGCUGUGGGAGACCUGCCAGCAGAGGACAGGGGAGCACAAAACGCUGUUGCAAAUGAUCCUGUGUAACAAGAGCUACCAGCAGCUGUGGCUGGUUUUCCAGGAAUUUCAAACUAUUUCUGGGCAAGACAUAGUAGAUGCCAUUAAUGAAUGUUAUGAUGGAUCCUUUCAAGAGCUGCUAGUUGCAAUUGUUCUCUGUGUUCGAGACAAACCAGCCUAUUUUGCUUACAGAUUAUAUAGUGCAAUCCAUGACUUUGGUUUCCAUAAUAAAACUGUGAUCAGGAUUCUAAUUGCCAGAAGUGAAAUAGACCUGAUGACCAUAAGGAAACGAUACAAAGAGAGAUACGGGAAGUCCCUCUUCCAUGAUAUCAAACAUUUCGCUUCAGGGCAUUACGAGAAGGCUCUGCUUGCCAUCUGUGCCGGUGAUGCUGACGAUUACUAAGUAAAA